AUGAACCAUAUCGAUGUGUGCACAAAGUACCGUCUUAGAAAGACCGAUCUAUGUGGAGGCUAUUCCAUAUCGCCAAAAAGAAGUGACGCAGAUGGUGAAAAAAACUGCACUGGACGUAGAAGGGCGAACCGUCAUGGGGAUGGAAGCAGAAGUGGGUCAGCUUUCAAAAAAAAAGGAUUAGAUGGAAAGAAAAAAAAAAACUCCUUUCCCCCAGUCGGAACACUUCUCAAUAGUUCUAUGCUGGACAAAGGAAUUGAAACAAUUUGGAAUUCUCUAAACAGGGAUGAAGACAAUUCCGUGGAUUUGUUCAACAUCGAUGUUUAUUCAUCUUUGACAGAAAGGGGAAAAGGAAAAUUUCAAAAAGUUAUUUUACCGUACCUGUUAGACAACGCGCAGAAAGUGGAUGCACUAAAAAAUCCUUUAUUUGAAGAUGAGGCUAAUCCACGUGGUGAAUUCCACUUUAAGAAUGUGUGCCAGGUGAAGAGAGUAGCUAACGAGAAUGACCUGUGCUUGCUGGCUCAAUGGGAAGGGGGAAGUAGGCUGGAGAUGAAGAAUCCACCCCCCGAAAUGUUGAUUAUAUCGAGAAAGGCCUUUUUUAACAUAAUACAGAGGGAAUGCUUUGCUAAAGAUCGACUAGAACGUAAGAGUGAUGUGCUACUCAGGACGGUCCUACAAAUGUGGAAAUAUAAGGAGGUGUUCUUUUCCAAUAAAGGGGAGAAUGCUCUUCUGGGAGGGGACAUUUCAGAGGGGUAUUUUACCCUUCCCGAUUGGAAGAAGUGGAACGAGCCAAGAUGCAAAACGGGAGGAUCUCCCCUGUUAAGGGAAGACUACCAUGUGAUGGAAAACGAAAAUGUUCUCAAUGAUGUCAUACACGAGAGCAUAAUGCUCUUGUCAAAAAAUAGUGGACGGAGGCGUAUCACAGUGGACCCACAAAACAGGGACCUAUCAAAGGGAACAAUUAAGAGGAGAAAAUUCACUCAGAUGGGGCGUUUCAGAAGGGAAAAGAAAUGCGUCGACCCGAUGACAAUAUUGAAGGCGUUCCUAAAAAAGGACGCCAUCGGGGUAGGGCACAACGACGCGCUAAUAGAAUUGCGUGAAUGCACGUUUCAGCCGAAUGUUCGCAGGUUUGUGGAAGCCGAAGUGGACCGCGCGGCAUGGGAAAAAGCAAACAAGAGGGGGGGGAAAAGGGAGAUACACAUCAAAGCGGGUAUCGACGCAGACGUUGAUGCAAAAGCCGAGCGAGAGGAUCUGUUCAAACGGGCAGGUGGUCACAUAACAAGCGAUGUGCACAAACGGCUGCUGGAAGAGUCCUCAGAGAAGCAUGAGAAUCGAGGGAUGGAAGAUGAGAGUGUCGUGAAGUAUCUGCAAAUGUGUUGUCUGUCCUACGGGGUUGACAUGGAAAAAGAGUCCAAACAGAGUACAUAUAGGCGUCACGAUACCGCACGGCAACCAACGCACAGGGAGAGCAGGAAGAUAUCGCGAAGCAGGACACCAAAGAUGAGUAGUUACACUUUGGACGGAAGCAUGAUAGGUGCACGAAAAAAUGCUAAUAGUAGAACUCCUAAUGGGAAAAGUGCAUGGGCUGAUGGACUCCGCGGAGGCUACAUAAGUAAUUACUUUAACUUCUCACCUGUGGAUAAAAAUAAUGCACUGUGGGGGUUGCCCUCUUGCAAACCCGAUUACAGUAGCGACAUACGAUUGCAUGGCAGAAGGCUAAAAACGAAAGUUGUACCUAAUGUGGACUUAUCGAACGAGAUGCUUCGUUCACCCUUUUCGAAUGCAAAUUUUCUUGCCGAAGGGGGGGAGAAUCCUCCUCCCGGGGGGUCGCUCUUUCGAAGUGGUAAUCCCAAGGUUGAUAAUCCCAGGAACAAAAUUGACGGCAAUAGGACCAUCAACCGUGGUGGGACAAAAAAACCACCAUCCUCGGCUAGUCAACCUUUUCUUUCGCUUCACAACAGUGGACUGACAACUGCAAAAUGGGAAUCUCAAAAUGUGAGAGCUGAGAUGACCAACCAGCUGGGCGGAAAAAUAACUGGAAGGUGUUCUUCAUUUGGGCCAAGUGACCCUCCGAAGGUCAUUGCAGUGAAGUGGGAAAAGUCACUGGACGAUAUAGAGAAAGAGCUGUUCUGCUUGCCCCAGUCGGUCCGCUUCGUACAGAUUCGUUAA